AUCAUUCUAGGUAACUCCACAGCGAAAAUUUUCCCUAUUGCUACCUUUUCUGCAAUUUGCUCUGUAGUUUAAAUUCCUUCAGCAAUUCCCAAACGCUUUUCCUCAUUCUCUUGUAGGAAAAUUUCCAGUUACAGUUUUUGAGUGUGGCCGCUUGAAUUUUUGUCAGCAUCUAUUUCUGAAUUUUCUCAGCGUUCAUUUCCCACUAUUUAAUAUAUCACUUCACUUGUAAGUAAGAGUCGAGCACGCAAUGUUCUCUCGGUUACGCCCGUUGGGUGUGGUAGGGUUAGGUGUAGGUGGUGUGGUUGUGGGAUACUUGGCAGGUAACCACAAGACCGUCGCUCACAACUCCUGGACUACAAAUUUCAAGCCUACCACACCGUGGGACUGGAACUGGGACAGAAGAGACCCCAGCAGUUUGAUCGAGCCCACCACCAAACCAGACGGCACACUGAACAAGUCUGCCCUGAAAAAGAACGAGACAGAUGACGAGAAGACCGAGCGCGCCACAUGCAAGGCGACUCGCUACAUCCUCCUGGUCAGACACGGCCAGUACAAUCUGGACGGCGCGACGGAUAAGGAACGAACUCUCACUCAGCUCGGUGAAGAGCAAGCUCGGCUGACCGGAGAGCGUCUCAAUGAGCUCGACUUGCCCAUCACUCGCCUCGUUUACUCGACCAUGACCAGAGCGACUCAGACCGCGCAAAUUAUGAUGAAGCAUAUGAAGCAACAGAUCGAUACAGUGGAGACCAGCGACUUGCUGAGGGAGGGCGCUCCUAUCCCUCCUGAGCCCCCCCUGGGAGGCUGGAAGCCAGAGCGUCAUCAGUUCUUCGCGGACGGCGCGCGCAUUGAGGCCGCCUUCCGCAGCUACAUGCACAGGGCGCCGCCCUCUCAGACCACCGACUCGUACGAGGUCAUCGUGUGUCACGCUAACGUCAUCAGAUAUAUAGUGUGCAGGGCGCUGCAGUUCGUGCCUGAAGGCUGGCUGCGAAUGAGCCUCCACAACGGCUCUGUGACGAUGCUCGUGAUCAGGCCGGACGGCCGCGUCUCCAUCAGACAGCUGGGCGAGUGCGGCCACAUGCCUCCUAACAAACUCUCCCUCACGUGAUAACUUCAGUUUUGUGUAUGAUUAGUCUCUCAAAACAUUGACCUGUGUCACGCUUACCACACAACAAACUCUCCCUUACAUGAUGAGUUAAUUUAGUAGCUCGUGAUGUCUUUUAGUUAUGAUUAGUCUCUCUAAACACUGACCUGUGUCACGCUUACCACACAACAAGCUCUUCCUUACAUGAUGAGUUAAUUUAGUAGCUCGUGAUGUCUUAAGUUAUGAUUAGUCUCUCUAAACACUGACCUGUGUCACGCUUACCACACAACAAGCUCUUCCUUACAUGAUGAGUUUAGUGUAAUACUGCAGUUCAGUAGCUCGUUACUAGUCUCUCCAAACAUCGAAUAGAAACUUUAAAUACUGCCGUUUCAGUAUAAAAUCUUGGUUGUACCAUAUCAUUCUAUUCAUUCAUGUUAGUGAUAAGUUAGAUAUUCUUUCAAACAAUUUUUGUUUCGGUGUCCUCUUACUUAGUAUCCUGCUCUCUGUUUUUGUUUAGUGUAAACAUCUCAAUCCUACAAGAACGUGACACCAUUUUUGCCAAGUGCUAAGUUGGUCCGGCAAGCCUUUAUAUGAUGCUAUGGUCCGAGAUUGCUGUUGCUUCCGAAUUAAAUUUUUAUCUAAAACUAAAUAGGUAAACUUCAAAGCAUGCUUGUGAUUGUUUACGUUUUUCUUUUUCGAAAUUUAUGUUCAGUUUUAUUCGCGAAAUUCCGCUGUGUUUGAGUAUCAAUCAAGAGCUAAUUUUGAUGAUAUCGAGAAUUGCAGAUGGUGUGGGUUUAAUGAUGAUGAUUAUAAUUGUUGACGUUGUGUUCUUGGUAAUGGUUGCCAAUGAAUGUAUUUUUGGUGACGAAUGAUGUUAACUCAUUUAUCAACUCCCAAGACUGUGUUAAGUGAUAUGCUAUCGAUUUCGGCUACUUUAAUUUUUACAAGUUAAUGAUUUGACAAUUUGACAUUUGUUAUCAUUUACAUCGAAAUUCUAUUUUGCUUUGUCAUUAAGAUAUGCCGUGUUCGUACUUUUUCUUGAACGUUAGUUUUUCCUGGAGUGUACAUAUGUGGUGCACGUCGCAAUCAAAUAUCUACGAAAACAUGGUGAUGACUAUUGCUCAUAUUUCAAGGCUUGACUGAAAUGGUGAUGUAUGCAUGCAUGGUGCAGAGGGUUGCUGCAUGGAAUGGCUUCACUCGUUAGUCGCCCACAUCUUACUACGCUUGACUCUGCAGCUGUCAUUUCUACGUCAUUACGUAUUAAUUUCUCAUUUUAGUUAUUCAAAUCGCUCACUUCUGGCAGGAAUUAUCUGUUUAUUCUCAAGUUUUAGAUUUCUGUAUAACAUGCAGUUAUUUUUAAGACGCCUUCUUUUCUCGCUGUUCUUUUCACCUGCUCUCACAUUUAUUUCUAAAAUUUAAUGAAAAAUUGAUGUUAUUAUGUGUCUGUCGUAGCCCCACUGAGCAAAAGUGUCGAUUCAUCGCAAGGUUCGUUGCGUCUCAACUUCUUCCGAUUGUUGCCUGGCAACAUAUGGGCAAUGUUAUCUAUAUGAACCCUUGGCAGAUUGCCUAGGUCCAAUAGAAGCUAAAGCCUGUAAAAUUAUAAGUUGGUAAAAUUAUACAGUCUGACAAGAGUUACUCGUCCAUCUGGUAUUUAUUUUCUGGUUCGAAACUGACCCCGUGAUAGACGGGUUUAGUGAUAUUGUUUCUUCAACUAAAGCUGGUCUUGUGUCUGUUGGCUUGCAGUGAGUUAAUUAGCUAAUGGGAACGAGUGAUCUCAGCAGGCAUUAAUUAAACGUGAAAAUUUU